GGGAUGUUUUGGCUGGGUGCACCGCUGGCCUGCUGCCUUACAUGGGCAAACCUCUCCACUCACUCAGACGGCUGGAAUUUCACAGCGUGACGUCACUACCCACAACUCUCCCAGAAUUUGGAUCAAGAAGUUUCACUUUUUUUUAGGUGGGAUUUCAACCUCUCUCUCUCUUGUGUUUCCUAGAAAGCGAGAUUGCAGCAUAUUGUACUGGGCAUCGUGUCAACAAUCUUCCAGUCCCAUACAUCCAGAGAGGAGAAAAGGUGUCUGAUCCUGUCUUCCCCAUCAUUCCUUAGUGUUAAAGUUUUGAACCAUGUGGAACCCAGCCAACAGUAACGAGCAGACGGGACAAGUGACCGCCAGGAUGGAGACCACACCGUCGCUGGGCAGCGCCAGCAUCUCCAUCUCCCAGCAACAGGCACCCAAGAAAUUCGCCCCCAUGGUCGCGCCCAAGCCCAAGUUCAACCCUUACAAACAGGGAGGAGACCCCGCCCACUCCGACUCUGCAGCGGAAUACCCUCCCCCUCCACCACCUGCGGAAGACUCCGGUUUCCCAUCAUCCCCUGGUUCCUACCCUCCUCCUCCUCCUAUGAACUCAUAUGAUUAUCAGAUGAAAGGACCAGAGAAGACCCUGGAGGAGAGACGCUCCAGUUUGGAUGCUGAGAUCGACUCCCUCACCAGCAUCCUGGCAGACCUGGAGAGCAGCUCACCCUACAAGCCACGAACCACACAAAACUCUGGAUCCUCUGCAGUCCCUUCUCCAAACACUCCAGUGACUGGUUACAAGCGUAUGGUCAUUCCAACUCAGCCCCCUCUGACCGCCACCAAGAAGUCUACACCCAAACCACAGGGUCCUGGAGGAGUCUCGUCUAUGCCCCCUUCCUCCGUCAGCCCGGUUGCCAAACCUCAAAGCCACAUGGCUCCUCAGCCUGUUGCAGCCUCCUACGCUACAGCCUCAACCCCAAGCCAGCCCACAUUCAAUGUCCAGGUGAGAUCGGCCCAGCCCGGCCCCCAGCAUCAAGCCCCAGGCGGGCAACAUUUUGGCCAGCAUCCGAUCCGCAGCCCUGCACAGGUGCAGUACAUGCCAGCGCAGCCCAAAGGUCCCGACUUCGCCUAUGGACCACCACAGCCUGGCUUUUCAUCGAUGGCUCCGGGUGUAUAUCAGGAGCAUCCAGGAGUAGGCGCCAGGAGAGCUGAGGCAGCCCCUGCCCAAGCAUACCAACCUCCAGGCCCCAAGAAGACCUACAUCACAGAUGUACCACAAAGCUUGGCCCCCUACAUUGCUGGACCAGCUGUUCCACCAAAGGGCAGUGCUCCCAUGGCCCACCCUGAAGACGAGCUGGAACGCCUGACCAAAAAGAUGUUGUUUGACAUGGACAACCCUCCAUCUGAGGAGUAUUUUGGGCGCUGUGCCAGCUGUGGAGAGAACGUAGUGGGUGAAGGAACUGGCUGCACUGCCAUGGACCAGGUCUUCCAUGUUGACUGCUUCGUCUGCAUGACCUGCAGCACCAAGCUGCGUGGCAAGCCCUUCUACGCUGUGGAGAAGAAGGCCUACUGCGAGCCUUGCUAUAUUAACACCCUUGAGACCUGCACCAUCUGCAGUAAGCCCAUCAUGGAGCGCAUCCUGCGGGCUACAGGGAAAGCCUACCACCCUCACUGCUUCACCUGCGUGGUGUGCCACCGCAGCCUCGACGGCAUCCCUUUCACCGUGGACGCUUCCAACCACAUCCACUGCAUCGAGGACUUUCACAAGAAGUUUGCACCACGCUGCUGUGUGUGCUCUGAGCCCAUAAUGCCAGCGCCAGGCCAGGAGGAGACCGUUCGCAUUGUGGCCCUGGACCGUGACUUCCACGUGCAGUGUUACCGCUGUGAGGACUGUGGCUCCCUGCUGUCAGAGGGGGAUAACCAGGGCUGCUACCCUCUGGAUGGACACGUGCUCUGCAAAAACUGUAACACCAGCCGCAUCCAGACCCUCACCGCCAAGGCCACCACUGACCUCUGAGCAACCUGCCGCCCGGUCACCUCCACUGUGAUAACCCAAUUUUCUCUCUCUCUCUCUCUCUCUCUCUCUCUCUCUGUAUCUCUCUC